AUGUUCCGGAACGCCCUCAGACAGAGCACGCGCGCCGUGGGCGCUCUCUCUGCCACCAGCAGACUCGCUGUGCGAAAUGCCGCACCCGCUGCCAUCCAGGCCCGCACCUUCGCCGAGGCCAAGGCCUCCCCGACUGAGGUCUCUUCCAUCCUCGAGCAGAGAAUCCGCGGUGUCCAGGAGGAGUCCAACCUCGCCGAGACCGGUCGUGUCCUCUCCGUCGGUGAUGGUAUCGCCCGUGUGCACGGCAUGGCCAAUGUCCAGGCUGAGGAGCUUGUCGAGUUCGCCUCUGGCGUCAAGGGCAUGUGCAUGAACUUGGAGGCCGGCCAGGUCGGUGUCGUGCUUUUCGGUUCUGAUCGUCUUGUCAAGGAGGGCGAGACCGUCAAGCGUACCGGCGAAAUUGUCGACGUUCCCGUCGGGCCCGAGCUUCUCGGCCGUGUCGUCGAUGCUCUCGGCAACCCCAUCGAUGGCAAGGGCCCCAUCAACACCAAGGAGAAGCGUCGUGCCCAGCUCAAGGCCCCCGGCAUUCUUCCCCGCAAGUCCGUCAACCAGCCCGUGCAGACUGGUCUCAAGUCCAUCGACGCCAUGGUCCCCAUUGGUCGUGGUCAGCGUGAGUUGAUCAUUGGUGAUCGUCAGACCGGCAAGACUGCCGUCGCUCUCGAUGCCAUGCUCAACCAGAAGCGGUGGAACAGCGGCAACGACGAGACCAAGAAGCUUUACUGCAUCUACGUCGCCGUCGGCCAGAAGCGCUCCACCGUCGCCCAGCUCGUCAAGACCCUCGAGGAGAACGACGCCAUGAAGUACUCCAUCGUCGUCGCCGCCACCGCCUCCGAGGCUGCUCCGCUUCAAUAUUUGGCACCCUUCACCGGCGCUUCCAUCGGCGAGUGGUUCCGUGACAACGGCAAGCACUCUCUCGUCAUCUUCGACGAUCUGUCCAAGCAGGCCGUUGCUUACCGUCAGAUGUCCCUUCUUCUCCGUCGUCCCCCCGGACGUGAGGCCUACCCCGGUGACGUUUUCUACCUCCACUCUCGUCUCCUCGAGCGUGCUGCCAAGAUGAACGACAAGCACGGUGGUGGUUCCAUGACUGCCCUUCCCGUCAUUGAGACCCAGGGUGGUGAUGUGUCUGCCUACAUUCCUACCAACGUCAUUUCCAUCACUGACGGUCAGAUCUUCUUGGAGGCUGAGCUUUUCUACAAGGGUAUCCGUCCCGCCAUCAACGUCGGUCUUUCCGUCUCUCGUGUCGGUUCCGCUGCCCAACUCAAGGCCAUGAAGCAAGUCGCUGGUUCGCUCAAGCUCUUCUUGGCCCAGUACCGUGAGGUCGCUGCCUUCGCCCAGUUCGGUUCCGAUCUUGAUGCCGCCACCAAGCAGACCCUCAACCGUGGUGAACGCUUGACCGAGCUCCUCAAGCAGAAGCAGUACUCCCCCAUGGCCGUCAACGAGAUGGUUCCCCUUAUCUUCGCCGGUGUCAACGGUUUCCUCGACCAGGUCCCCGUUGCCAAGAUCCUCCAGUGGGAGGCUGACUUCCUCUCUCACCUCAAGACCAACGAGGCUGACCUCCUUGCCACCAUCGAGAAGGAGGGUGCCAUCAGCAAGGACCUUGAGGCUAGACUGAAGGACGUCAUCUCCACCUUCACCAAGGGCUUCCUCGGUUAA